CUGUUGACCGUUGUCAAUGGCAUUCACUCCAUACAUUGCGGUACGCUGACAGCCACUUGAGGUACAGAAAGUAAAGACAGCCUCGAUUCAAGAUGGCGUUCAGAAGUGGUUGGAUCUUGGGUCUGUUCCUCCUGCUUGUGGUAAUAGCUACUUCGGUUCAAGCUCAGCUCAGUCAGUUCCUAUUUUCUGCAUCAAUGGACAUUUGGCAACCGGACGAGGCCUCACAUGCUAUUAUUCCGCUAAGAACGGACAUGCUGUACCAUGAAUGCGCCAACUAUUGCACGAUUCGGGGAGAAGGAUUCGCGGCUGGUGAACAAUGUGGAGCGUUCUUCUUGAAAGGUUCCGAUUGUCAUUUGGUGAAGGAGAGUGACCGGGACCUCACGGUUCCUCAAACCGGAUAUCACUACUAUAGCAAAGCUGAUUUGCUGACUUAACAUUUGAGCCGACCAAAUACUCGUACACAAAUAUCGAGAUUUUGUAGAAAGCUACUCUUCUUCUCUCAGAGGCCUUUCAUUUUUGUUUGCCAUACGCACCAAUUCGGCAACUAAAAGUGGACAAUGAAUAAAACAUUUGAUUUUGUG